CGAAUUCCCUCCUCCACGCAAUCAAAUAAUACCCCAGGAACCCGCCAACUUCAGUCUCGGGCUGUGUGCCUAAAUAUCUACCCUCUACAUACUUAUUCUACACCUUCUUCACAUUCGCCCCUCCCAACCCCAUCCAGUUCAUCAUGUCGGAAGAAGACAAGAACACGGCCAACAGACUCUCUGCAGUGCCAGCCAGCCCGAAACCAGAGUCGCCCACCACGGCGCGUCCUCUGGAUUUCGACGAUGAAGCGCAGGAGACCGGCGUCACCUCAGCUUUCCCCUCCGUUUCCCCAGCUCAGCCGCCCGCGGCGGAAGCUGCCCCGCCAAAGCCACCCCGCCCCGUGAGCCCCCGGCAGCAGGCCGAGAACACCCUCAAAGAAGCAUUCCCCACGAUCGACAUCGGAGUUGUAAGAGCAGUGCUGACUGCAAGCAACUGGGAUGUGGAGCGGGCCUUUCAUGCUCUAUUAGGCAUGACCGACCCCAAUGCCGCCGAACAAGACGUGCCCCCUCCGAAGCCUCCCCGUCCGUCGGCUGCCCAGAGACAGCUCGAGCAGGAUGAGAUGUAUGCCCGCCAGCUUGCCGAACACUACAACCGCCGCGCGGCCCCGCAGCCUCGGUAUGAGGACGAUCGCGCGUACCAGCGGCGACGAGGAAGCGAGGAAGAGGAGGAGAAAGAAUACAGCUUCUUCGAUGACGACCUGCCCGUCAUCCGCGAGAACAUCCGCAAAGGAUUUCUGGAAACCCAGUCCAAGGUGAACUCGUGGGUGACGAAUCUCAAGAAGAGGCUGGAUGGAGAAGAGCCGGAAGAAGACACCAGCAGUCAGGCUGCUCAGGGCCCGCGCGACGAUCCCUUCGGCCGUCCGCGUCGCAGCGGCGACACGGGUCGUCGGAGCGGGGACCGUGAGCGGUACGACGCCGACCACCGAGUCUUGAGCGACGACUUCUCAGCGCUGGAGUUGAGGGAUUCCGAGGCUCCUCCCGCGCGUCCUCCCCGCCCUCUUGCAAACCCUAACUUGUACAAGACCUCGUCACCCUCCCCCGACAGACGCAAGGUUGCCUUCCAGGACGGGCCCCCAACGGAGAUUGAUUCACUGUACGAUGCAUCCGAGCCGGUCCGGCGCGCCUCGCCCGCGACGACAGGCAAGUCCAGCAAAUGGCAACCCUUAGCCGCCGUGGAACCGUCUCCGGUAGGAGAACACGACCCGUUCAGUCUGGGGGAUAGCGAAGAUGAGAAGGACACCACCACAAAGGCGAAGGAACCCGCCACCGCCGAGGGCGCUUCCAAGGCUGCGACAGUCGAGACGGUAGCGGAAGCAGCGUCCAAGGAGAGCACAACCGACGCUGGAAAGUCAUAAUUUUGGCCGGGGCCUUCUUCCAUCCGCUAGCUUACCUCCACGGCUUAGCUAUUCAGUGGCCUGCUUAUUCAGUUGUUGUAGCCUUGAUCUGUUCUACACAAAUCGUGUUAUUUGCCCUUGCGACCCGAACCCAUGAUACCAAGAGACUGCAUUUAAAUGAAUCAGUUAAAACGAG